UCGACCUUUCCUGGUUUGGGACGAAACUUCUUUCGCUCUAUACCCUAUUCCGUUCCGACACUCUGGCAUCCCGAUAGAAAGUCCCUUUCGGGCUUACCCAACGAAGCCACUUCCGAGCCCUCAAGGCGUAUAAAGUACAAGUAUGCUGCUAAAGCUUUCUGGUGAUAUGCCCUCUGUAGAAUCGUGUCAAGCUAAGGAUGGAGUGAUAAUCGAAGAGAUGCAUGACGAAUGAGAGAGAAGGAGAGAAUAAGAAGGCUUAGCAAGAGAACGAUCGAGACCAUGCCAUCGUCCACCUACCUUGCAGAAUAGGAUGACGAAUGAGGUGACAAGGAGGUACCUUUUUCUCGCUCCACACCACGCAAAAUACAGUCGCCCCCCCCUAUAAUUCUCCCGUUCGUGUCGCUCCAUUUUGCGUAGGAGACCUGCCUACUUGGAUCUCCAUCGCCGUUUCCUCUGCCGCCUUUCCCUUCCCUUCCUUGGAUCACUUUUCUUCUUCUCCAAACAAAUACCUCCACCCCUCUCUGCCUCUCCUUCUCUUGGUCAUUCGCAUCUGCAAUUUGUGGCUGCUUCAAGGGAUGAAGAAAAUUGUGUUGAAAUUGGACUUGCAUGAUGAUAAGGAAAAGCAGAAGGCCAUGAAGACUGUCUCUACCCUUCAAGGGAUCGAUUCCAUUGCGAUGGAUAUGAAAGAGAAGAAGAUGACGGUGAUCGGAUCCGUCGAUCCCGUGAGCGUCGUGAGCAAAUUGAGAAAAUUCUGGCACACCAACAUAGUCUCAGUUGGACCUGCGAAGGAGGAGAAGGAGGAGCCUAAGAAGGAGGAACCCAAGAAGGAGGAACCCAAGGAGGAGCCCAAGAAGGAGGAACCCAAGAAGGCGGAGGAGAAGAAAGAGGAACCCAAGAAAGAGGAGAAGAAGGAAGAAAAGGAAGAGAAGAAAGAGGAGCCCAAGAAGGAGGAGAAGAAGGAGCCCCACGAGCAAAUGAUAGCGGACAUGGUGAGAGCAUACAAGGCCUACAACCCACACAUGACCACCUACUACUACAUGCACAGCGCCGAAGAGAAUCCAAAUUCUUGCAGCAUCCUGUGAUCAUCGUCGCGUCGCCAGAAAAGAACCAGAAAAGAAGAAGAAGAAGAUGGCAUAAUAACUCCGUGGGGCGAUUUCCCUCGACGACUCUGUGGAGUGACUAGUCGAAACUCUGCUACUUGGCUUGAAGCAAAGUGUGUGUAACGUAUUCGAGGUGGCCCUGUACAUAUGGCUAUGUGGUGAUGAUGAUGAUAUGGGCAAAUAAAGUGAUCAGUUUUGAUUCCUUGUCAA